AUGAAUGCGAGAGAGACACGAAAUAUUUGUGGCGAGUAUGACUCGCGAAGCUGUCAGAUAAGUAAGGAGAGUAUUAUUUUCCAGGUGUCAUGGAUACGUCACCGCGACCUGCACAUCCUGACCGUGGGCGGGUACACGUACACGUCCGACCAGCGCUUCCAGGCCACGCACUCCCCUCAGACCGACGACUGGACGCUGCACAUCAAGUGGGCCCAGCAGAGAGACGCGGGAGUGUACGAGUGCCAAGUCUCCACGCAGCCGGUGCGCUCAUUCUUCGUGACCCUACAUGUUGUGGUACCGUCAGCCAGGAUCCUAGGUGGACCAGACCUGCACGUGGACAUUGGCUCCACAAUCAACCUCACCUGCCUCAUCCAGUUCAGCCCGGAGCCCCCUGCCUACAUAUUCUGGUACCAUGAGGACGAGGUGAUCUCGUACGACUCCUCCCGGGGCGGCGUCUCCGUGGUGACCGAGAAGGGCGCCGCCACCACCUCGUACCUGCUGGUGCAGGACGCGACGCCCGCAGACUCCGGCCGCUACUCCUGCUCGCCUUCCAACGCCGAGGUCGCUUCCGUCCGCGUCCACGUGCUCAAUGGCGAGCGUCCGGCGGCCAUGCAGACGGGCUCGGCCGGGCUGUCUAACAGCUGGAGGUGUAUCGUGGCGCUACUGGCGGUGGCCGUACUCCGCGCCAAGCUACUGCACGCCCUGCUCGACAGCUGAUCGUGCCCUCACGCGACCUCCGAGAGACAGCUCUAGUACGACAACGCGUUCCCCGGGGACCAACUUUACUCUAGUGUACACCGGGACACGACCUGGAGAUCACUCUACAACGAGAACUCCCGGAAGACACACGUACAUCAACUGACUGGAGUGAGGCUCGUUGAAGCUUUGUACCCAAGUGAGGAGUUAGGUCGACCCUUCGGGGAUCUUAUUGUGUUUGUGUGAGUAAAAAGACAAUAAAUAACUCUUGUUAUAUGAACGUUUUCGUCUCGUCUCAGCCGGAAACUUAGUUUCGGGUCCUAAGUUACUUAGACAUAAGGUUUUUACUAAACGAAGUGAAUAGCGUCGAGAUGCUGUGAUUGAAUCUCAUAUUGAACGCAUUACUCUUGAAGGGACGCUUCACAUAGCACUUAGCGUAGCGUGUCGCUGUAUUAAAACGACACCUCUGUGUGUGUGACUAAACAUUCGAAUCAUUCUUACAACACAUCCAAUAAACCAAUAAAUAAGCCUAGACUCAUUUUAGUGUCUUCAAAAACUGACAAGUUGGUUGAAACCGACCUUACUUAAUAGCAAAUAUAAUUAAAUUGUUAACGUUAAUUGUCUUAUUUACCAAUUAACCAAUAGGACAACAUUUAUCAAGAUUUCACUGUUUGAAGAACACGCAUACGUUACGCAAUAUGUGCAGUGCCGGCCCAGUGCGGUCGUGCUAGCUCAGCAGUUAGCGUGUUCUGAUCCUUCGACUACUGACUACUGUACUGUAGCCGCGACCAGGGCACUGGGUCCGAUAUGGGGAGAAUUCAAACUAUUGAUUUAUUUGUAAGGGGCAGAAAAAACUAUAAAAAAUUAUUUAAGCGAAAUUUCAUAAAAUUUUAAGAAAAAAAUUAUAUAAUAAUGUGAUUAAAAUAAUAUAAUUAUAUCGUAUAUGAUACCUGCGGAGCGUUCGUUGCUGUUAUAAUUAAUGACUUGUAAAUAAAUAGUCGUUUUAAAUAUUGUAAAGUUUGUUAAUGUAUAGGUAAGUUAUAGUAUUCAUAUUUAAUUUAUCAUUCCUGUAAUUUAUAAUCUAUAUAGUAUAAAACUAAUUUCAAAGUUCUGUAUUUGAUAUAAAUUGAAAUUGAACAAAUCAGAGUAAUUCAAUAAUAUAAACAACACAGUUUCGUUUGGAUUUAAACUUUAGUAGGAUGUUCAGAGUGACUACUAUUCCUCAAUAAGAUGAGCGUCAUUUGUAUCCUGAUGACAUAUUUAUGAAAUGCGUCAGAAAAUGUAUUUUUUACUUGUACUAAAUAAAAAUAAAUCACUAAAUGCAGACAAGCAGACGAAAGUGCCCAUGACACUUAUUUGACACAUAACGUUUGCUGCAAAAUGACAUACAAGUCAAAAAUAGAUGUGUCAGGGAAUCUGACAGCUUAAUCUUACAAAAAUGUGAGAGCUUAAAUGAUCAUCUCACUAUAAUAUUUACUUUGAUUUAAUGCUUGGGACUCGCACAAUAUUAUAGCUUGUCUUAUUUAACUUUGAAUAAUUUAUGUAGGAAAGGAAAAUGUUAAUAUUAUUAUAUUAGAAUAUUUUCGUUUAAUUUUUAUCGUAAAGAAUGCUUUCAUCCAACCAUAUUAUUAUUAUAGGGGUUGAAUGUACAUACGAGGCAUUACAUUAAUAAUAGCAUUUGGUUUGUAAGACAUCUACUAACUUGAUGGCAUUUUAAUAAUACGAAGUAAGUACGUUCUUGACCCUUACUGUUUUUGUCUUUCAAUGUUCUGAGUGUACGUGUAUUCGAAGUUUCGGCAACUCUUUGCGCAACCUCUAAUAGUAUCAGAUUGUUAUUGUUUUGAACGGUUCAGAUUAAUUUACUACUUUCUAAUUAUUAUUUCAUGAGAAAAACUUCGGCUUUAUCUCUUGAUCCUUCGUAGAGCUCAUUAAAGUUUUAGCUCUAGUACAUAGCACGCUACGCGAUCCUAAUGCCCCUAUGCUUAAAAAAAUUCAGUAACAACAUCCACACACAUCCAUUCUCCUUAUUUCUGCCACGAAGCAAUUAUACUGGUGCGAUCUGCUAUUGAGUUCGAGCCUGAUUCCACGCUAACUCGAGUAGCUAUGUUCGCAUCACUCUUUCGACAUCCGGUGGUCCACUAUAUGUCCGCCAGCGCUACUACAAAAAAAAAAAAACCAUUACAGUGACGUACCAGGUUCUGUACCCAGUGAACCUUGAAGUACUACUCAAUUUCAUCAUGGUCGGCUUACCAUCGACCGCCGCGGGACAGAGGCCUCCUGCGAGAUUCGCCGGAAUGACCAGUCCUGUAAACUAGACCGCAACAGACGGUGGGCAGGGCACUGGGGCCAAGAAAUUAAUGAGCGACCACGCUCAGGAGGCGCAGUGGGGGCAGGACCCGCGCAAGGAGGACCAACCACCUUUUCAAGUUAGCACUUUUUUGUUUUUCAAACGUUCCCGUAACAUUUUCGAAACGAUUGCAGAAUUAAUUAAAUAUUUUUUAGACAGUUCAGUUAUAACUUUUGGUGGCUUUAUAUGCAGGUGAACUUCGCAUGUGAGCUCGUCUAUGAUCGCAGGAUUGUUAUGUAAGUAAAUUAGGCAUCAUUGGAAGCGUCAGAACACCGCGCGUCGCCGUCGGGACGUAAGGGACAUCAGUUAAUAUUGGGUUUAUUAAUUUAACUUUUCAUAAAUCACAGAUAUAAAGAUAGAUCAUACUCUGAGCUCCUUAAGAAAAAAAAUAUUGUUAUCAGAAGGUUAAAAUGUUACGGCAUAGAAGGAGCUACGUCCGCACAAUAUAAUGAAAUACAAUUGUACGAAGUAACGGGUCAACAAACUUUGGUCGCCUUGGAGUUAUAUAGAUAUAGUGAGAAAAGAUUUUCCUUCGUAAUUUUUCGUUUAAAGUUCGUAUUUAUCGUGCUCUCAGCUUCAGUACCAUGAUAUUAUUCAUUUUGACAUUUGACACUACACAAUAAAGUUUCAUAUUAAUGGAUAUAAAAAUGUCACUCGUUUAAUACGAUCCUUCAUUGACAGUUCGAGUGUAUUCCGAUAAAGAUCCGAGUUUUCCCGAGGGAAAGUAAUUUCUCACUACAUCUAUACAUCUGUUACGUUAAAGUUUCAAUAAUUCUGUUGAUUCGACUCGUUAGUUCCCCUCGCGUUACAAUUAAUGUUAAUGAUGACUUCAAUGUAUCGGUACACGAGCGUGGACAUCAAUACACCGACUUCGUUUACUUCAACUGAUUGUUUAAUUCUGAUAGAAUAUUAAUUAGAUAAUAAGUUAGACAUAAAAACGUUAGAAUGACAGCACCGCGUUGCAUGUUGUCAAAAUGAAAAAUAACUUCGUAAUGCGAAUACUCUGAAUAUUCAACAUUACGAUUACGAUAAUGUCACGUGCUGUGACAUUAUCGAUAAAUCAAAUUAUCGUAAUAAUGUUAAAUGUCUUGUGUACGGAAACCUAUUAUUUGUAAUCAUGUAAUAUAAUGGGACUAGAUUUGCUCGUGAUCCAAGGUCAUCAUAUGUACUUCCACUACAGUUAAAUUGUGUUGCAUAUAUAUAUGUACGUAUGUAAACACAACGUGUACAUGUAAACGUCAGACAACAAUUAAAAGAACAACAACUCGCGAACAAUUUGUCGCUUUGAUCACUCGACCUACGUACUUGCUAGUAAAUUGUAAAUAAUAAAUUCAAAACCACGUUUUGUAUAGAAUAAUGAUUGUAAAUACAAAUUAUGAAAUAAUGUUUUUCAAUAUUGUAGUAGAGUAUUGACGAAAUGAAACUAUAUGAUGCAAAGUCUAUGACGAGAUGUAUGUGAAAUAUGAAAUGUGUAUGUAUACAUGAA